CAUACACGGAUUUUCAUGUCGUGACGAGUACCUCGGAAUCGGUAAGAAAAAAACAUAAGCAGACAGGCGAAGCAGAGCAUACCGUUUAAUAAUGAAUGCAUAAGAACGUUCGACGCGCGCCGAGAACGAGAUCGAGAACAGAACCCGUCUGCGUAUGAAUGCGUGCGUGCGUGCGGCAGUGUUGGAUAUUUUUUUGAGGUUUGCUCCGGCUUUAAGUGCGUUGUCUUGUUGUACCACCAUCGAAUUCGAAUCGUUAAAAGUGCGUGGAAAAGUGUACGAAACGAAACCAAUACACGGAAAGUGGGACAACGGCGGCCGAGAGCGCUCGUUGCGCUUGUCUGUGGCUGUGCUGUCCGUGUGUGCGUGUGUGUUGCAGUAGUGUGUGUGUACUGUCCGUGUGUGUGUGCACCGUCCGCUGGCCUGCGAGUGUGUGCGUGCCUGCCUACUGCGGUCGAGUGCCAGUGCUUCGGAAUCGUAUCAAAGCGAAAUGAAUUGAAAAAGUGUGUUUUACUUCUCGCCAAAACGCCCAAACGCCCAAAAACGAAUAAACGCCAAGAGCAGUCAAAGUGCACCGAAAUAUAAGCAUGCCAGUGCCAGCGAAUCUGAAACGGAAUCGGAAUCGCGAAUUGUGCACGCAAAUCAAAAGCAAAACCAAAACCAGGCGCUCUUGCUCUUCUACUCCAUCUUCUUUUGUCUGACUCUGAGCGACGACUUUGCCGCAUGGCUGGCGGCCACAGGACAAUCGAAUAUAGCAAUGAAUGAUUUACGUCAGCAGCAGAUGGUAGCAGCGACAUCGUCAUCAGGAUCGGAAUCGGGAACAGCGGUAGAAUCGGCAGCCGCCACGUCCACAGCAGGAUCGGCGGGAGUAGCAGGAGCAGCAGGUCGCCCCCAGCCCAACUGCAACUCAAAGUCAGUGGCAGCGAGCAGCACGAGCGAGGAGGAGCAGCGGGUAAGCUCCACGUCGUCGCCAGCCCAGCGGGAUCAGCAGCUGAAUGCGGAUCGGGAGCGGGAUCAGGAGCAGGAGCCACAGCAGCAGCAGCGCGAGGGGGCCCUGCAGCAUCAGCACAACCAGCCAGGCCAUAUAACCAGCACCACAGCGACGCCUCCACCGACGCAGCCGCCGCCGACGACGCCGUGCGACGAUGCCCCAAGCACAACUGGAGCAUCUGCAUCUGUAUCGGCCAGCUCAGCAUCCGGAGAACCAGCAGCGGAAGCAGCAGGUGGAGCGAUGUCUGCCACGGCGAUCACGGUAGAGGGCGAGGAGCGUGACGGACACAAGAUCAUCCUGAAGCUCUCCAUGCACUCCAACCCAAACUCAAACUCAAAUGAAUCUCAGCCGCCGGGCGAUGAGAGGCGCGUGGAGCCCCUGCGCAUCCAUCUGCCCAGCAGCGGCGGUGGAGGAGGAGGAGGUGGAGAAGGAGGCCUGGUGGCCAAGCCGCAGGACGCCUUCGACGCGGACGCGUCCUCCUGUUCCUCAUCGUGCGCUGAGGACGAGGUGGCCAGCACUCUCGGCCAACAACUACGGAACACCCCGCACAUAGUGCCAAAGCUGACCAUCCGCGCCGCCAACGAAAGGCGCGUGGGCAGCGUGGUGCCCAAGCUGACCAUCAAAUUGCCCGAGAACCCGGCUGCCUCCGGUUCCAACUCCAAUUCCGGGUCGUGCUCGUCGGCAGUGAGUGGCGCAGUCCAGUCAGCGAUGCCCGCCAAGAACGAAGCCCACCUGUCCAGUCUCUCGCCUGCUUCUGCCUCGUCCUCAUCUGCCUCGUCCUCCUCUUCUUCGUCGUCUUCAUCCUCUCUGGCGGAGAUGCAGACGGUGCCCAAGCUGAUGAUCAAGACAACGCUGGCCGGAAGCAGCUGCAUCAGUAGCAGCGAGGAGCAUCCGCACCAGCAGCAGCAGAUACCAAAGUUAACCAUCAAGACGGGAGGCGGCGGCAGCGGUCAGGAGCCCAUGCACACGGUCAUCAUGACGCACGACCUGACUAACGCCCAGAGCAUUCCCAAGCUCACCAUCAAGACGAAGUCCAUCGAGCUGCUCGAGGACGAGCCAGCGCCCAAGGUGGAGCCGCCGCAGCUGCAGCCGCUGCCCAAGCUGACCAUCAAGAACCUUUGCUCGCCCAAGCAUAAGGUGCGUGCGGUGCUCGAGGAGAAGCCGAUAUCGGCGGCCUCCAAGCUGGCAGUCCCGAAGCCCACGGCGGCCAAUCCUACGCCAACGGGGACGAAUACCCCGAUGACGAAUGGCGGCGAGUCGAACAGCAGCAGCCAGGAGUUCUGCGGUUUCUCCGACCCGGACGCAGAUGCAGCUCCGGCUGCUUCAGACGAGGGUCGCCGCAACUCUGACGACAUGGUUAUCGACGAUGCGUUGUCCAAGGAGCACGAUCCCAAGAUGUUUCACAACCUGCCGCCCCUGGCCACCAGCAAUGGCAUCACCAGCAAGGCCAACAAAGCCGGCCAGCCUGUCCAGCAGCAGCACAACGUGGUGGACAUGGUGGACCUGACCUCGUCCCCGUCGCCGGGCUCUUCGCCCGCGCAUGUACCCAACAUCUUUACGGCACGCCUUUCGCCGAACAACCGACUUAUCGAGUGCCUGCGUGCGCAAGCCACCCAGCAAACUGCCUCGCUCAGUUCAAACAUCCUGCUUAGUCAGCUGACGUCGCCGGCUAAGGUCUUCACUAGCAAGUAUCCCCAGCUAACCGAGCGACUGAUGGCCAAUGGGGGCGUAAGCGGCGGAGGAUCUGUUGUUGCGCCAGAAGGCGAAGCGGCCGUUGGUCCGCAGGCCUCGCUGAAUCCUCCGCAACCUGUCAUCGAGUCCAUCGAGAUCCUAGACACUCCUGAUGGCAGUCCGAGGGUUCCCUACAUGGACGAGGAGCAUCCCCUGCCGAUUUUAAACAACCAUCACCAAACCAACCACAAGCAUGCCGGGGGUCUCGGAGGCGACCAGCAAAUGGAGCACCAGGAGAUACAGGAGAUGGACAACAACAACGAGAACCACUUGAAGCGCACCAGCAGCGAGGACAACGAAUCUCCCAGUAGUGGCGUCCCUCCCAACAAACAGAGACGCCUGGACAACGACGAGAACGAUCAGCAAACGCAGAAUUGUCACGAUCCCGGCAGGAAGUGUAAUGCCAGUCCAGGCGAAUCGCUGCAGGCGCUGCAGCCGUCACAUCGUUCGCGCAAACAGAAGCACGAGCGCAUCCUCAACACGGACCUGGAGGAUGCCCUCUUUCCACCCACCCAACAGCAGGCGAUAUCUACGCCAGAUCAGAAUGGAGCACUGUCCUCGGAGAUCCAAGCGGACGACGCCAAGGCCCAGGAUCCGCUGGAACAGCCGACCACUCAGCUUCCCCUCCCGGUAGCCACGCCGGCGGGCACGGGCAAGAAGCGGGGGCGUCCAAAACGAAUUCAGAACCAGAGCGCAACAGAGUCUGCCGGGGCCAUUGCCGCAGUCACUCCCAAGCCCGGUCCUCCACAGGAGGAGACGAGCAGCGCUGUUAAGUCGCGGCGCGUGCAACUGCUACGCAAACGACUAGCCAUCGAUAUGGUUAGCGUGAGCCAAGAGCAGACGGACGCGGCGGCAAAGGACUCGUCUAUGAGCGAGCCGAAUGCCCGGAUAAACGACGUCGAACUUCCCGGUGCGCUGGAAACGCCCAAGAGUCGCGACCACCGGCAGCUGAGGGCCACGCGGCGCACCACAACCCACAAUCCCAGCCCGAACGCCAACCUGCAACCCACGCCCAAGGCCACGCGGAAGCGCCAGAGCAAGGCCAGUGCCCAGCAUAGCCAGUUGGCGCCGCCGCCGCCGGCGAUGGAUCAGUUCAGUAUCUUGGAGACCGAGUCCAACAACAAUAACAGCAGCAGCAUGUCCUUCGCCCUCACCGCGCAGAUCGACCUCACUAUGUCGUCCAGUUCGUCAACUUCCUCGGGCGCCGCCGCCAACCAGCAGGUGAUCAGCGGGAGCGGGAGCAGCUCGAUGCUGCCUCCCACAACUAUCCUGUCCUCUUCCGAUCCGCUGCCCGAUGUCAUCUUCCAGCCAAACGAUUUCUCCUCAAUCAUGGCCACCCAACAGCUGCGAUCACCGCGCCCCUCAAGCAUUAGCGGUGGUAGCGCCGGCGGUAGCCAGCCGGAUUCCCACGAUGAGGACAACUACAACAGUGCUCUGGACAACUCCGGAGGUAAGAAAACAUUUCCUGACUCCCAGAAACGUCUAUUGAAACGACAACAUUUAUUUUUAGACGAAUCGGUGGCGACGUUACCGAUGCUUUCGAUAGCGACUCCGACGCGGGGACGCGGGCGUGGCCGGGGAUCCAGAGGUGGCGGCCGUAGCAGAGGCUCUUCUUCGGCAGACCGAGCUGCCAGUGCCGGAGGCGGAGGCACCGGAUCUACAACACCAACCACGCAGCCUCGGGCGCCGCGGAUGAGCCGUGGAGCCAGCGCCGUGGCCAAGGCCAUCGCUAUGAGUCGACCGCGCUGCGUUGGCGGCCUGAAGCACCAGCCCGAUCCCGAGAGACUCAAAGGCUUGUUCAGUCCGUCGCCCCAAGUGUUUGAGGAGGACACGCGUAUGAGCGCGGAUCUAAGCAACAGCAGUCAAUCGAUGACCAGCCUAAUGGAACCUCCGCUAACGCCACAGAAGCAACCCGACUUCCUCAACAACGAGGAGUCUCAGUCGUCCAUGGUGAGCAAUGCAAGCAUGCUCGAUUCGAACCAGGGUCAGUCCGUCGACGCAAUUCUAGGCUCGGCGCUCAAACGGCCAAAGAAAAAAAAGAUGGAAAUUUGCGUGGCCGAAGACACCGACUACAGCGCCUCCAGCAUUGCGGAAUACGACUGGCCACCGCCCAAAGGCUGUUGUCCUUCGAAGAACCGCGACACCUUUAUGAUCCAAGAACAGGUGGCCCUCUAUCUGGGCAUCACGAGCUUCAAGCGAAAGUACCCGGAUCUGCCACGCCGCGCCGUCGACAUGGAGGAGCGCAACUGGCUUCAGGAAAAGGGGCUGGUCAGCGAGCGCAUGUGCGACCUCGGCAUCACCGCCGUGUGGGCCUCCGAUAUCCUGGACAUAAUGUACGCGGACUUUUACGACAAGUACGAAGAGUACAAGGAGUACAUUCGCCAGAAGCACUUGCGCGAGAUCGAGGCUAAGCAAAAAGCUCUAGGACUAACGGUCGGAACAGGAAAAGGUCUGCAAGCGCGGGACCGUGCCAUGCUUUCGGCUAGCAAGUGGAACGUUUAUUUCAACAAGACCCGCAAGGAUGAGCGUCAGGUCUGUCUGGAUCUGCAGACAUUCACGAUGAAUCAGCCGCUGCAUAGGACGGCACCCACCUCCACCUGCUUACAGCGCUCCAUUGUGAAUGUGGUGCGAGCGGCGGCAGAAGCGGAGAAUAUGCCGGAACCGCCCACUCUUCUGCCGCCCCGCGUCUACGACGAGGCCUUCCGCCACUCGGACUACGCCUACCCGCUUACGGUGGUGCCGGACCAGUUUUCAUCGGCCUACCGCCACUUCGAGCCCGCCGAGCUACGAGCCUAUCCACUGGACACGGCACUGGACAAGCCGCCGGCCGAUGUUGUCGCGCAGCUGCUGCAGGGACACAACGAAGCUUCUGUCAGUAAAGAAAUCAAAAUGCCCGCCAAGGAUAUGGAGCAAGAGCCGUCUGCAAUCAAGGCCCAAACGGCAGCGGCGCCCAUUCGGCGCAGCAGAAGAUCGGCUCGGCGGCAGACGGACAAGGUCCGCACGGCCAGCAGUUCCAGCAUUUCGUCCGCGCAGUCGCUCUCAUCCGCGUCCAGCGGCAACGAAAGCAGCACUGAUACGGACAGCGGCGAUGAAAGCGACUCCAGCAGCAGCUCCAGUUGCUGCAGUUCGGCAGGUGCCUCGAGUGGAGCUGGCAGCGAGGACGAGGAUGAGAACGAGUCCUCGCCGUCGACCAGGCUAUCGAACUGCGGUGUCUGCCUGCGCAGCCAGCAUCGCAAUGCCAGGGACAUGCCAGAGGCCUUCAUCCGAUGCUACAGCUGCCGAAGGCGCGUGCAUCCUACCUGCAUUGAAAUGCCCCAGAGAAUGGUGGGUCGCGUGAGAAACUACAACUGGCAGUGCGCCGGCUGCAAGUGCUGCAUCAAGUGCCGGAGCACUCAGCGGCCAGGAAAGAUGCUUUACUGCGAACAGUGCGACCGAGGCUACCACAUUUACUGCCUGGGUCUCAAGACGGUGCCGGAUGGACGCUGGAGCUGUGAACGAUGUUGUGUGUGCAUGCGAUGCGGAGCCACCCGGCCGGAGGGUCUGCCCCAGGUGGCCGCCCUGUCCCAGGCCUCCGCGGGACCCUCGCCUAACGGCGACCGGUCGAAGGCUUUGUCUCGCAACAAGCGGCUGAAAUGGGUGCAUGAGUACCGGCUCGACCACUUGACGAAGCUACGCGAGCAUGCAGCCAUGUACUGCGUUCCCUGUGCGCGGACCAAGCCCCCCAACCGGCAGCCAGCGGCGGCGGCGAUGACCGUGACUGCGACAGCGACAGUCGCCUCCAUUUCGGAGGCCAUGUCCGCAAGUACAGAUGUCAGUCCGGUACCAAGUCCUGGCCUCACGGUCAAUGGAGACCGCGCUCUCUCACCGGCGACGGCGGCUUCUCUGAGUCCAAAGGCAGCUGUGCCCGUUUUGGAGGCGAUGAGCACAAACAUUGCGGGAACGAUGAGCAAUAGGCAGCCGGGGAAUGCGGUGAAUAUCACAACAAUGCAGUGCAGCAGCAGCACCUACAGCGGGAACGGGGUUUCUGAGGAUGCGGCGACUGUCGCGGCCACGGGAACAACGGCAUCAGCGGCAGCUGGAUCUGGAUCUGGAGCACCGACUGCCACGCCCAUCGGCAUAGCUCCGCCGCCGGUUGUUGCCUGAGUGGGGGUCAUACGUUAUUGUGCCAAGCGCACUCUAACGGACUUAUAGUAAGCGCCGGACGCGCCGUCCUUUCCCAGAAUCCCGCCCGCCAUCCCAAAAACAUAGAUGCAUAGUAUUAAUGAAUGCGACAAGGGGAGGAGGAGCCGUAAAGGAGAAAAUAUUUAAGGAUUUUUUUUACUAUCAUUAUUCUUUAUUGUCAGUACACCGUAUUGCGAUUGUUUUAUAUAUAUAUAUAUAUGAAUAUUCCUAUUAUACUUAUGUUACUUAACUUUGCUAAUGUUAACAACCAAACGACAUAAAAAGAACACACAUGACAAGCACCCAAACACCAAUUAGAUCACGUUAUGGUUAAGUCUUAAGUCUCCGAUUACGCCUAAUUUCAGUAGCCUAGCACUAAGUCACAACUUCAUUUUGUUUCUAGAGAAUUCAUUUGACGCAUUUUAGUUCAAUUGCGCGCCUGCACCUGCAGCUGUAACGAAAGAAAGAGUGCUAUCUGUAUUUCCGUGUCCUUGGAGGUCUGUCCACGUCCGUAGGGCUUAGUGCUCCGUGUUGCUGUUUAGUUUUGAAUCGAAAUAGUGACUAUUCUCAGCCUCUAAGUCUAAGCCUCUUUAAACCUGUGCAUCUAUAUCUUUUAUACACACACGCAAGUGGGGCUCCUUUUCUUGAUUUUAAAUGUCUUAUGCGCCGAAUUUUUUGAACAUGUAUGUAUAUGUAUGUAUUUAUAAGAACUACAGCCCUGUAGCCCAUGUAAGUAGUUAAGCACAACCUAAGUAGUGUCUUCAUGUGCGGUAGCUGCUUGUUUUUAUCGUUUAGUUUCGUAAACGGAAAAGGCCCUUGUUCGAUCGAAACUCGAAGGGAGCCCAGUUCUACUCUGUAAGUGUACGGCUAAGAAUGUAUUAUAAAUGUAAUUUAUGCUAACACAUACCCCACAAUCGAACCCACACACCACAGCAAACAAAUUCUAUAUAUAUAAUAUCACCUGUAACUGUAAGAUGAAAGCACAAGAACAGAUACAAUUUUGGAAUGCCAGGAUCGGGAGAAAGCAAGAUUGAUUUAAAAAGAAUACCAUGUGUGAAAUAAUAUUAGGCAAAACACAGUUCUGGUACCGCCGCAGAAUAUAUACAUGUAGGUAGCGAUAAGUCUAAGUUUUCGGUCUACUUAACACAGAGUGGAUAAGCGCACGGGCCCAGCUGCAGACGCUGGAGAAGCCCCGGCGGUAAUCUACUUUUCCAUGGAAUUUAAAAGCUUAAGUCCUUAUUAAGUGAAAUUAUUCUUAUGUAUACAUACUAAAAGAUUUAUUUUUAAGUCGAAUAAAACAGCAGCAUUAAUAA